AACACAGACUUGCGGCGUCCGGUUAACACACUCGCUUGAUACCGCUACGACCCGAGUUCCAUCCACAGGAUCGGCAGACGUACGUUUCCUCCGGUUACUUCGCCCCCCUCCCCUCAGUGACAUCCGAACCGACGAACAGCAUUAAUAUGAGGUGCGGAACUUGUUUGUUAACCGUAGUAUAAUAAAGUUUAGACUUUUUGAAUACAAUUGCAUGGUCAACUUACGUUGAUUCGUGGAUGAAAUGGGUACUUGAUAACCAUAAAAAUCAAUCUGAAACACUAAAAAAGAAAUAACAACAUUAAUAGAUUGUACAGACCAUAGAAGAAAUACAAUCAGGACAACUGGGAAUUGGUAUAUUCGCUUCAUAUUAAUUUCAUAUGAAUCUGGUGGAAGAGGCUUACUAAACGGAGAUAAGGCACAGAUGAAAAGGAAUACUGCAAGAACCCUCCAACCACUAAGUGUUGGUAUCUUCAUACCGAUGAGUUUCCUUUGAUUGGUACCAUCUGAAAAUGCAGAAAUGGUACAUCAGAUUUGACCAUUAAUUCACGCUAGACUUCUCAGAUGUGUUCGCAUUGAGUGUAGUACAUACCUCAAUUAAACCAAACUAAGUGUAAAAUAUGGGAAAGCUCUCAAGUAUUGGAAAGAUAACACAACAACCUAUCUGUUGAAUAACUGGGUCGAAGUGAAGACCACAAGAAUAAGCUGAUAAAGAUCUCAUCUACCUUUGUUCAACGCGAAUAUGGACCUACAUGUACAUGACAUGCUACUAAUUUUCGUGGUAUAUAUAACUUUGUUGCUUUUUGUAAACGAAACAGAGGGUUUUUUGUUUAAAAGAUCAAUUAAAGAAACGAUUGAAGCUUUAAGCUCAAAGAUUGAGAACUGCCAGCCGAAGAAAGACACCAAUUCGUCUCCUCUGUCACCAUGGAAACUUGAUAAAGGAACAUACGAGAGUGUCGUCAAACUUAAUUUUCAUGGUUCCCCGGAAAUGGUUGCUAUUCGCAAAAACUUCGAAGUUAAUGACAACAAUAUGUUUGUGACGGCUUGGAUUACGGCAUGCCUUUUGGAAAUUCAAGCUUUGAACGUGGAAUUCAAACCAAAGAGAGAACAAAUAGAUCUAGCAUUGGAGGCAAUAGCACAAUACCGUGACAAGAACGUAAACUACAACACAUCGGUGAUGACUUUCUGGCCACAAAUUUACAACGACACCACGCAGAGUUGGCAGAGUACUCCUGAAAAUCUCUUACAACUGUUCCAGCUGUCUGACAAGUUGCCGGUGAAAUCGGUGGAGGAGCUGCUCAGGCUGAUGGGACUGGAUGACGUCGCUACAGUAAUGGAUCAUCUGCUUCACGAAAAAAGUAUGUUCGCCGCGGCAUUCCACAUUCCUCCAGACUUUGAUGACACGUUUGUAAACAUAGGACUCGGAUCCCUAUUAAAGGAAAUUCCAGAUUAUAGUGAUUUAUUUGACAAAUGGAGGUCCACGAAUUCAAAUGUCACUUCUGUGCUGCAGGCGCUGAAGAGAUAUGCUUACAGACCACACUCUAACAUCACGCGAGUGAAUACUAUCGAUCCUAGGACAUACUUUUAUCUUCAUCAUUUUUUGGCAGUUACUAAUAAAUCGAGCGCAGCAUUUGUCCCAACCUGGGUACAAGACGUGGAUGAAGCAAUGAAGCUAAGUAAUAAAGGAGUGGCUAUGCCAUUUUUCGUCAACAAUGUGGAUGUUACAGUGGCGACCAACACCAUAAAUGGCCUCACCUCUGGACUACUCUCUGGUAUUUUUACAACAAGUGAUUUUGAUGCUGAUUUACAGCACAUAUAUCAAGACUCAGCGGAUUUGAUAAUUUACGAGAUAACGAGGAAUUUCUCGUCUCGACGAGACUUGGCUCUUACCUACUACCCAUCCAAGUUCGAAUGUUUCUGGUUUACGUCUCGAACAUUAACGAUUUUGCGUAACUUUUACCAAAAAGCGCCUCUGCCACUCAAGAUUCUUGAAGAUUUCAUGCACAGACUAGAGAAUGCUAUGAAAAACGAAGUAACAGCCGAAAUUCUGCGGGAAUCAUUGACAUUCGAAGAUGGAGGAAUUUAUUUCGACGAUUUUCUUGGAGAUGGUGACAAAAACACAAAGGGAGAGAGCAUUAGAAACGGAGAAGAUAGGUUGUUCACAACUUCCAUGGCUGUCAAUACCCUUAUAAAUGUAUGGACGGAGUUCUCAAAUGGCAGACUUGUUUUCUUGAAUGACACACCAAAUUCAGUAAAUCACACCAUUCAACAGAGUGUCAAAUGGCUAAACGCUAAUAUUCUAGAAACACAUUUGAAACCAUGGAACGCUUUCUUCUCUGGGUCUGGAAAGGGACAAGAGAGUAUGCCGUUUUGGUUCCCAGCCAAUCGAAAACAAUAUCUAAAUGGGACUCGUUUUGAUGACGACAUUCUCCCUAAAGGGCUAUUUCUUGUCGGAUUUCAAGGAACGGUAUCAGAUGUGGAGUACAAUCGUCUGCUCUCACAGACUCACUUCGAUAUCAAAGGCAAAACCAUUGGUGGUGUGUGCGUUAGAGCAGAGGUGUAUGGAUACCUACUUCCGCCUCAGCCCGGAACCAAACCUCCUAGCAGCGCGUUAGACCGUUCGACCAUGCAGGCAAGUCAUUAAACUUGCUUUCAAUGACAAUGAAAUUCUCGCGCGCGCGCGCGCGCACACACACACACACACACACACAGAGUCGGUUCAAGGACUUCGGUAUGACCACGAAACGGGUGCAAUAUUUACAAUAUAUCUAUAUUUAUAUAUAUUCAAAAUUGUUCAAAUCAGUAUUCCCCAGGUCUAAUUGGACCUGUAGUUGUCCUAGG